CUCCACUCGACUGACAGAGACCGUGGUUUGUGGCAGGCCACCAUAAGGAACUGGGGCUCCCAACUAUCUGACGUACUUGAGCUGGAAGCCAGCUAUUCUAUCUGGUCAAGAGCGAGCCUUUGCUUUCCAUCGGCCCAGACAAGCUCAACAUUGCUCUUGCUCAUUGCCAUUCCCCAAUGUGUGCGGCAUGUUCCGGUGUGUAGUGAGCAGCUUCUCCAAGAGCCAGACUCCCUCACUAGUUGGUCGGCCACUGGUACAUGUCGGCUCCAUCAGAAAUCAGGCGUUCGACGCUGCUUUUGACCAGGACGAUUUAGCUGAAGCAAGGAAGUGGCACACAUCAUUCGACGAGCAUGACCUGCCAAAGGGCCAGACUAGCUUUUCGAGAUCAAGCGGUCCAGGCGGACAGCAUGUCAAUAAGACGGAGACAAAGGCAACUACCGUCUGGCCAGUGUUUGAGUUGACACGCAUGCUUCCAAAGCUGAUGCAUUCGCCACUUCGAUCAUCCCGAUACUACACCAGCAGAACAGACUCGCUCACCAUUCAGGCUCAAACACAGAGGAGCCGGUCUGCAAACACCGAUGAGAACUUCGACAAGUUGGUAGAGGAGAUUCGACGAAUAUACCGCGAAGCUGUUCCUGGCGUCACAAAUACCAAGAAGGCAAAGAAAUACGAAGCAUUAGAGAAAGCUUUCCACGAAAAUCGAGUCACGUCGAAAAAGCAGCAAAGCGCCAAGAAAGCUUCACGGAAGGGCUCACUUGAUUGAAGGCGAAAAGUCUACAACAAGUGAUGCAGCAGCAGGCGUAGCCAGGCAAGUAAUUUUUUUUCCCCUGCGGUGCAAGCAUUGCAGUACACUCCUUGCUCUC